AUGAACCAAAAAAUAUUUUCAGGUCAAUGGGGUAAUAGACAGGAAUCUGGCGACUCCAGUGCAUUACGUCAGCUCCUUACGCAUGUCCCGGAUAUAGUGAUCAACUGUGAUCAUAAGAAGGCAAUGCCACGUGUAAAACACAUGGUGGGCGUGUGUAUGUUUGCUGAUAUAUCAGGUGAGUGAAAUUGAUUUUGACUUGAUUCUCAGUGCACGACUUACAUUAAUAAGUGGAAAAUGAAAUCAAUAAUUACGCUUCUAGAAAAAUACAUAUACUUUGGAUUGAUUCGUAUGUUUGUUAAAAAAGACAGAAGAGCUUUGACAGAUGGCUUUUGUUUAUUACACUCAAAAAAUAUCAACUCAAGCAUAAAAAUUCUUUAAAGCUCUUCAGAAUCCCCUUAAUUCAAUGUUUUCGUAUCUUGAUCAGGAGUGCUGAAAAAAUACUGCUCAAAUUUUCAGCGGUUGCAGGAGUAUUUCUUUGUAAUAAUUAAAGCCUUAUUUCUGAACGUGAUAACUCCAGUGUCCAAAUAAAAACCUUUCCAAAGCGGUUCUGAAGUCAAAAUUCCUAUUCAAUCCGGCGGGGGGAACACAAGAGUGGUUCCCAAUGAAAUCGAAAUAGAAGUUUGUCAACUUUUUAUAAGGAAACUAAUCUAACUUUCCCGCUCUCUUGAGUCCGGUCUUCACUCCUUCCCAAACAGCACCUAGUUAUAACAGAACUUAACGCCGAGCUUUUCAUGUACUCAAUUUACUGGAAAUUUGAUUCGAGUCAUGAAGCAUUUGGUGUUUAAAAAGGACCUAUCAGACUUAAAAAAAUUCGCCACUUUCUUCUUUAUUUAUAGGAUUUACCUCACUCUGCGAAACAUACAGUCUGAAGGCAUCUGAGGCUGAGUCCUGUGGCACAGACAAACUCACCUUCACACUCAAUACUUAUCUGGGGAAAAUAAUCGAAGGUUAGUUACUGCAUAGGCAAUGAACAGUUUGGACCACAUUUCACAAGAAACACCUCCCUCCAUUGUAUUAUUAAUGGUACUUAAGUCGAUCUUCACCAUCCACAGAUAUUCUUAAACAUGGCGGCGACGUCUUGAAAUUUGCUGGUAAGUUUGGUCAACUUCUCUCAAAAGGAAACUUGGAAGUAAUUGCCAUCAGGGGAUUGAUAGUUUGGGCCUAAUGUUAUAAUCUUCAAGACAACACUUACAGGCGGCACCUUUGGUACAUAUGGAAUAAACAAACAAACAUGCAAACAAUCACGCGAAGGCAAGCUUUGUAUUAAAUUUUAUCAUCUCUCCGAUACCAACAAAGACGAGCAAAUCCAUCACUACGAUGUCACAUCUCUACCGGUCCAUCAACAGGAAUGCAGUGUAUAAACACUUGCCUUAAGUUUACAACCCCCUAUAACUCAUCAGAAUCUAUAUUAGUCAGCACACGUCCCCAUAUCGACUGACGUUACCAAUGCACAUUUGAACUUUAAAUGUACAUGACAUAAAACAAUGAAGAAUGUGUAAAAGAAGUUUGAUACUAUAAUUAUCAUGGAAUAUGCCUUUUGCGUUGGUAAAAAAGAGCGCAACUCAAAAAGAGGACGCCUAAAACUGCAAAUUUCCCUUUUUACAAUCCAGACAAUCCAGAUGUUGAUGGAGGUUGUUGGGUGGUAAGACUGUGAAUUUCGCAAUGCCGAAAUAAUCCUGGAUAUUGGUAUGUCCAGGUUUGAAGAUGAUUUCGAAAUGACCUGUAGGAUAUUAUGUUUGUUGUUAUCUACAGGGGACGCACUGCUUGCCUUGUGGAAAGCAGAGGUCGGAGGAAACUCAGACGAUCUGACUCUGUUAAUCAACAAAGCUAUUAUUUGCAGUAUAGCCAUUCAAGAAGAAUGCGACAACUACAUGACAGAUGUUGGCGUCCUUCUUCGGGUUAAAAUCGCCCUGUCUGUUGGCAAAAUGCAAAUCACGCACGUCGGAGUUACGGAAAGCAAGCACUUCGAUCUCUCCGGGUCAGCGGUUUCGGAUGUAAAUGCAGCGGAGAAGUGGGCAGAGCCUGGGUCGAUAAUAUUGUCACGUUUGGCUUUUUCGAAUUGUGAUCAGUCUUUGUUUUUGUUUGAAAUGAUAGACAACGGAAUGCACUACAGGGUGAGUUGUGCGCGCAAUGGAAAGCUUUAGAAAUAAUAAAUGUUAUUUUCGUAGAUGAAGUCUUUCAGAAAUCUUUGGAAAUCUUUUCGUGUUUAAAUAUUUAUUGUAGGUAGCGGGAGCGAGAGUAGAAGAAGAAUCCGCAACAGUGUCCACAGUACACCCAACCGGUGUUCAACUAGCAUUGAUGUCUGGCGUGCUGUCCACAGGAGCUGUGCUCACUUCAACGCCAUCUGUGGCUAAAAGAAUAUUUGCACCACAUGUUGGCACAUUGCUAUCACGAUACUAUCCACAAAUGAAGCUUCCCAGAAUAUACCGGAAAAAGGGACAGUCCGAACAGAAAGAACAGAUCUGUAAAACCACUGGAAAUCUUUUGAAAAGCGAUAGCUGUCAUGAUCCUGGUAAGUCCGGCCCAGAGUAGUAAACUUCCUUCUGUUAGAGAAUGUAUAACUAUAAAAGCUGUGUACAUGUGAAAUCGAACAGCUUUUAAUCAACUAAGUUCGAGAACCCAUCUUAUAAUGGCUUUUUACAGCGACCUACGCUUAGAACUCCAAAUUAACCAAAGAUAACCUGCACUCGUCCCGUCUGAUUGACUGGAAACUCCUUCAAUGGCAGCUAUUUAAGGGGGUGUAAGGAGGUGGGGGGGGAGCAGGAGUAGCAGUCAAUACUUUAGGGUCAGUACGUUAUCGUAUAUGUAAUUUCAUUCAUAAGAGGCUCCAGUUUCUUAGCAUAAUAAAAUCCUGUCAAUUUGAUUGCGUUUGUUGCUUGCCAUUUAAACAAGCUUUUGGAUGAAAAAAAUUACGCUACAAACGUUUUGUUUUGAGGAUAAUUUUUGCUUUUCCAUCUUAACUUUCGUGUGUAUCAUGAAGGUCUCAAUGCGAUCGCAUAACAUGACCUGAAAAGUAACUAAGAGACCAGAUCAUGAUUUGGUUGGCCAAGCGUUGCAUUAAUUACGCUGAUAUUUGUUUUCAGAUCAUCGAACUUACAUUUACAGCAAGCUUAAUGAUCAGGAUAUUGAAGAUCUCCGAGCCUAUGUCCCCAAAACUGUGCUAUCAAGGGUAAUACUUACUUCAUGUAUAUUCUUCUUGGUAAAAGAUUUAUAAUGUAAUUUCGCGGAGGGUAUGACUGUGGAGCAUUUGAGAAAAAAUAAAUUACCCCAAGAAAUGUGAGACGUACGGCCUCUGAAACUGUAUGUUAUUUGUUAAAGAUCAAUAUCUCUCUUAUUUCAUGUGAGAAUCCUGCAUAAAACACGAAAAGUAGACUUCUAAGUGUCAUGCAAGUUCUCCCGUGACACAAAUAUGUUUUUACUGAAUGAAUACGUUGGCUCUAAGAAACGAAAGAGAGCGCUCUAUCUCACCUAUUCAUUUCACUACAGAUUGAUCAUGGACAGGAUUUAGAAUGGUUAUCCGAAAUGCGGCAGGUCUCAGUUCUGUUCAUAAAUAUGGACCUGCCCAUAAAAGGAAAUUAUCAUUCGUGGGCCCUUCAGAGGGCGUUUGAGGUUAUUCAUGAAUGCGCAAGGAGACUUAGAGGUGAAUAUAUAAUCAUGACAAUAUCAAUAUUCCUCAAACAUAAAUUAUUUUUAAAAACAUUCUCACUUGCUGAGGAGAUUAAAAGUUAGAGAAGUUUGUUAAACGUGUUCGUUGCCUUAGCUCCUUCCUUUGACUUUUUUGUGUUGCAGGCAAUCUAAACAAAGUCUUCUCUUUCGACAAGGUAUGGAGUGCUUUAGCAGCCUCGUUAGUUUUUCGUUGUGAUUGUAUAGACGUGUAAUUAAUCAUUUGUCUUAAGAUAUGAAAUCGAUAUGGGGUCGAGGUGCACCUGAAUGAACCCAAUGGCUGUUUUCGACAGCAGUUCCAACUCAAAACAGAUUGUCGAUUGUUUGGUUUGUUCGUGCAAUUUCGCAUGCUCCGCAUAUCGAAAGAUUAAGUUUAAAGUGUUUGAUGUUUAAUUAAUAUAGCUCGCACAAGAAGUGAUUUACAUUCUUCUUUUACCCAGAGUCUAUUGCUUCUUCUGGAACUGAUCUUUUAUGUGUUCUCUAUAUUUGAAAACAGUUAGAGAUUGUAAUUUCUUGACAACAGACGUAAGUGAAAAUACAGUUUCUUAGAUACCAAUAAGCUGAUGGAUGGCAGGAAACUUAAGGGAAGGACGGGAGGCACUCGGAAGGUGACCGACAAUACCGAUCAUAAUUCUGAUGCAGUGAGAAUGCUAUUAUAUUUUGCAGGGCUGUACAUUUAUCGUGAUAUUUGGUCUGCCCGGUGAUAAGCACGAGGAUGACCCAACGAGGGCCCUCAAAGCUGGCCACAGAAUAAUGGACAGUCUUCACCAGAUUAUGGAUAUCACGUAAGUAAUCAGGUUGAAGUGGUCAAUCCACAAAGAAACAUUACGAGAUUAUCGCUAUUUUAAAUGAUAUAAAUGGUGUUAGAUAGUGCAGCGUUGAAUAAUGUUUUCGUCUUUCGACGAGCGUAGUACAAAAAGAUCUGAGUUCUCUUAAGUAAACGUACCUAAGAUCCCCGAUGCUGUACCAUUGAGCUACAGAGACUCCACAGUGUUCUAGGCCAUUACUAGUUUAACAUUUGACAGGGAUACUGCAUACACACGGAUCCUGCAUGCGUGUAAAUAGACUAGGAAAGACAGUAAAUUUAGCGCUCGGCAAUAAAACAGAGAUAAAUAAUUCGCCUGGACACGAGCGUGGGACAAACAGAAAAUUCUGAGUUUCAUCAACCUGUUGGCUGACAUUGUCUUUCAGUAACGAGUCCAUCGGUGUAACUACAGGACGUGCGUUCUGUGGUGUGGUUGGUCACAGAGACAGACACGAGUAUACAGGUUUGCUACACUUGAAUCAUAUGGUUUUUUUCGCUUCUAUAAAAUUGUUCGCUUGCAAUUGACAGAGAAAGUCUCAUAAGUGCCUGGGUUUACAGAACUGAGGAGGAGUUUUUGUUUAUUUUCGCGUUACGACAUGAGUACUAUACUUAACGUCAACAUUAACUGAUCAAGUGCCCGAUACAGCAGCUGAACCGUUUCUCGGUUUUUCUGGGUGAACAGAGGCAUUGCUUUAAGAUAGUUUGUUCUCAGAUGUCAGGUUCACCUUAAGAACUCCUUAUCCAGUCUAUCGCACUCCAGAACCCUUAACAUCACAUCAGGGAAGGGUUAGCAGUCCCCUAUUUGGAAGCUUAAGUUUUAAAUUGGGGAGUACGAGUUUACUUUUGAUGUUAUGCAGCAAAAAACAGACUCAACCUACGGUUUAAUUGCGAGAAAUAUGCAGGGUUUUUCCUUCGGAAGAAAUGAUUAAAGAAACCCGUCCAUUUGGAUGAAAUCAGAUCUAUGUCUUUUUUUUGGUGCGUUUUCCUUUUACCUUGAAAGAUUAAGAAGAUUUUGGUAAUGAUGAAAUUAAAUUCAAGCUGUACAUCAUUGUUUCAAUAGUCAUUGGCCGUAAAGUCAACAUGGCUGCCAGGCUAAUGGUGAACUAUCCAGGAACCCUGUCGUGUGAUGACGACACUUACAGAUCAGGGAAGUCUAAGUUGAAGAAAGAGGAUUUCGUGGUCUUGCCUUUCAUAAAAUUGAAAGGUGUGGCUGAUCCUGGAACAGUCCGAGAAUACAAUAGUCAUCACGAGUGAGUUAAAAAUGCUGCGUGUAAAAAGACCUCUCCUAUCAAGCUUGACGAUAGGAUCAGUUUUAUCGAUGGGAUGAUGAAAACUCAUUUCACUUCGUUUGCUUUUACAGCCGAGAAGAAGAAGAAGAGGAAUAUGAUUACCCAAUCCUCGGUAAACAUUAUCUUUGACACGUUCUAAAUUUGCCAAUGAAAAGCCGGACUGCCGCGCCUCUAAAUGACACUAAAGAUGGCUUCUGGGUUUCUCGGUCAUUUUCUAUUGGUUGUGGUCACUCUGUAUCUAACAGAUGUGAUGUAUGAUUUCAAAAUACAGGACGAGGCAUAGAGAUAGAGGAGAUGAAAACGCUUCUUCAUGCCAUUAAAUGUGACGAUACCCGUGUAAGUGGCAGCAGGAGAGUUGUGGUGAUCGAAGGUGAAGGAGGAGUUGGAAAAACAAGAUUGCUAGAGGCAUUUAUGGACAUUGCAGAGGAGGAAGACUUUAAGUAAGAACCUUUGAGCCCUCUAAGGGACAUCAUCUGAAAAAGAAGUGUAAUAAAUCGUGUGGCAGAUCCCCUGAGAAGUCUAUUUCGAUUUUUGCGUAAGAGUAUCGCUACUUUACAAGUGAAGUCAGUACAUCAAUCGGUGUCCUAACCCUAGACUACCAUGUCUUCCCUCGUUACAAGGGAAGUCAGUCCAUCAACCAGUGUUCUAACCCUAGGCUACCAUGUCUCCCUGAGACUCUCCAAAUGAAAUUAUGAAAAUGUUCUGAUUUUAUCGAUUAUUAGGGUGGAUUACGUUGAGGCUGACAUGGCGCAUGCCCACACACCUUAUCACGUUGUUAAGACUCUUAUUGAGAACCUAUUGGAACUGGAAGCCUGCCGCACGGCUUCAGAAAAGGAAAAUACUCUCAUGGAGCACAUUACUGAUCAAAAGCUGCGAGAAAAGAUGUUUCUGUUGAAUGACCUACUUGGCACACACGUAAGUAAAAUGUCUUGAACCUUUUCUUGAAAUCCCUUCUCCUUACCUUAGGGGCCUCAAAAUGCAACUUUUCUCGGAUAUCCUAUCAUAUUUACUUCAGAUACCACCGAAUGCUGACUUCGCUCGCAUGGACUCAGAUAAAGUAACUACACAAUUUCACACCCUUCUAUUUGAAAUUGUCCAUCAGGUAUGUAGUCGAAAAUUGUGAUGCAGUAACACAAGUGUUACUUGAUGAGUGAAUUCGCGUUGAACUUAAAAUAAUGUUUUUUCCUACAUCUAUGAUGUACUUUAAAAUCUAUUUCAAAUGCUUUAAGGUGUUUUACUCACCUGCAGGAAAUGCAAAAAUAAGGAUUUUACCCCUUAUUUCUUCUAUGUGCAGGUCGCUGUGGCAUAUCAAUGGGGAUGUGUCUUUUUCAGGUACACUUGUCACACUUGGACGUACAGCUUCCACCAAUUUUGACCCUUUUACUAUUUCUUCUAGUUUGCAGUGAGUCAGCCGUGUCUGUUUACCGUGGACAACGCUCAGUUUAUAGAUCAGGAAUCUUGGGACUUUAUUGAAGAUUUAUCAGCGGAUUCACACGCUAUAUUGGUGCUGUCACUCAGGCCUUUCUCAUCAUCCAACCCACCGUGUGAGGCGGCCAUCAGACUCAUUGGACAUGAAACCACUAAGAAAGUCAAACUCGGUAAGUUUAUAAUUCAUUUUUUCAAUGUCAGGAUAUUGACUAUUGAAGAUUUAAAUAAGUGAUAUAUUUACCGGUUCCAUGGGCUAAGACCAAGCUCAUGCGGUUCAUACGAAAGGUAGAUGAUUAACUUUUGUAACACAGAAAUUGUCCCUUGGACCGGAGAAAACCUUACGAAAAUAACUCUACUUCAAGAAAAGGUGGCAAUAAACUAAUAGAGAUGAUUUAACUAAUGAUAAUAAGGAUUCACAAGUAUUUGAGACAUCCAAACUGCGGCACAAGGCCCUCGUCGUAACAGUCCGUAGAUGAUCUCGUGAUCUCAUGAUCUCACUCAUUUGGUAAAAUCACUACUUAUGUUUAACCUACUUUCAAAGUUGAUAUCAAAUAAUAGUUCGUGUAGUUACUGUUUCAACCGAUACCAUUACAUUCAUGUUAAGGUUCACGCGGUGGUACCGUGGAUUGAACAAUCAGAUAUAACAAAUAGAAUUAUUUGAUGAUAUUUCUUCUUUUCUCAAGUUUCUUCUAGGCAAGAUUUUUUGAACGGGAUAGAAAAGAACUCUUUUUUCUAUAACCCAUGAUUUUCUUAGCAUGUGUCAAAUAUGAAAUCAGCAUCUUGUAACUUUAUAACACAUACAAAUGAACCUUCCUGAGAGGUUAUCUCAAUUUUGUUUGAUUUUCUUUGUCUAGGUGGCUUGGAAGCCUCUUACAUGAGUGACUUAGCCUGUCAGUUCAUGGACGUCAUGUACAUUCCUAAUGAGCUGGACGGAAUCUUACGUGAGAAGAGUCACGGCAUUGCUUCUUGGUGUGAACAGCUUAUUAAAGACAUGCUGACGAGUAAUGUUAUACAGGUUGUCAACGAGAGCCAAGCUUUUCUCAACAAAGAGUCUAGCUUGGACUUACUCUCCUUCGGUGGCUCUACCACGACCACUAUUUCACAAAAACACAACAAUGCAUCGAGUUAUUUACCUCGUCCCAGUACCCCGCUAUAUGGACAGGCAACUGAUGGAGGAUGGUUAGGAGCAAACAGUCCAGAACCUAGACGAAGAAGUCUCACUCCAGGCAAAGGAUUUGCAUCAAACACUUUAAGCUCUGGCUUUCAAGAUACCGUGGACACCUCGUUGUCGUUUUUAAGGGAUCGAAGACGGUCGACAAGCGCUGCUAAGAGUCUCCAAUACAAUUUUGCAAAUAAUCCGUUUGAAAUCAAGACAAAAAUAGCUGAAUCAGAUCUGGAAUCAAACAGAACGUCUCGUCAUUUCCCUGAAGAUUACUCUAUUCAGGAGAAAAUUCAAUAUAAUUUGGAGCGAGCUAAUUUUGUCAGCGCCUCCGAAAAUUCAAUGCCAUUAGACACAAAAAAGGUUUGCAUUCUCAGUCCAGGCGUUGAUAUUUCGAAGAUAGUUGUUCCAGAAUCCGUCAAAGACAUGGUGCUUGCUCGAGUGGAUAGAAUGUUGCCUCAAGAGCAAGCCACUUUAAAGUGUGCCAGCGUCUUGGGCUGUGACUUUUAUAGAAACGUUCUGCAAGCAAUUUUACCAAGAUCUUCUCGAAGCUGCAUCGAUUUGGUUUUGUACAACCUUGCUCAAGAGUUUAUUUUAGAGUGUGCAAGCUUAGCUUUACAACACCAAAAUGCCCAUAACCAUCACGGAUUCUACGAUUUCAACGAUCCCGUGCAUGCGCAACAUCAUGGUCAUCAUCACCAUCAUCACCAUCACCACAAUGUUGCGAGCUCUAUCCAUGCAUCAGUCUAUUGUGGCUGUUAUGCAGACGAGAUGACCAAAGUGAUCAACUUGUCACGACUCAUGACCCCAAGUGGUCCUAAGAAGCAUUGCCUGUAUAUGAAAUUUGUGAACACCUACGUGCAAGAGACAACGUACUCUCUUUGGCUUGAAGAUCAAAAGAAAGAGCUUCACGAAAGAGCUGCCAUGUUCCUCGAAUCACAGGCUCACAAAUGUAAAUCUUGUGGCGGAGGAGGAUUUGUGGCCAAAAAAGCCGAUACUUUGGAAGAGCAAGGGGGUCAGGGAAAGCGCAUGACAGACGGUAAGUGACACAUUGUUACUAUGUUUAUCUUUCUUUCUUUUCAUUCUCCCUUGUUAUUAUUAUAUUGAACAUUGACGAGCAGUGGUACGAGAAAAAUUAUUAUCACAUAAACUGCGGUGUUAUACAAGAAUUUCCGGCCCUGAGAGAAGCCGUAACGUGCAAAAUAUCGUAUUUUUUCACGUGUGUUGAUAUAGCCAAUCAGCUGCUUACACGUCACUCGCCUUUGUCGCCACUCGGUCAGGUUGAUGAAUGAACGCCAAAGCCCCCACGAUUCCCAAUACAAAUUGUUUGUCGGAGCUUUCUCGAAUCAUAGCGGCUAAAACAUUAAAAACUCCGUAUCCGCUGACAGACAAUGAGGUUCAAACUUUCCUAAAAGGGGAAGAAAACCAAUACACUAAAAUAAAAACCGAAAAUUGCGUAUUCAGUGGCUUUGGUGUUAGCAUUUCUCUCGGCUGAGAAUGAAAAUCGACAACUGGAAGAUUUGCCACUGGCCGAUUAUGGCCGUUUACCCGAAAGACUUCUUCUGUCGGUAAGGACAAAUUCAAUAAAUGAGAAUUUUGUAAAUCGAAAAUUACGACCAUUGUUGUUUUUUUAAUCAUGAUUCCACGCAUUUUUCUGUAUUAAGAGUCAGCGCUAACGCACUCUACGAUUAUCAUUCGAGGAUUGUCGAUUCAUUUAUUUUCAUUUAUGAGUGAAGUCCGCUUUUAUUCCCGUUAAGGGCUAUUGUGGUUAUAUGAUAAACAAAAUAAUACAUGGUUGCUUGUAGAUAUGGAAUUUCUCUUCUCGUGUUCAACUCGACAUCUCACUCGUUCGCUGCACUCACUCGUGAGCUAUAAAGUUAAACACUCGAAGAGAAAUUCCAUAUCUACGCGCGCCCAUGUAUUAUUCUCUAUUUAAUAAAUAAUCUAGUUAAUUAAAUAAUUAAUUAACAAAUUCUCGUAAAGCCAGGUGAAAAAUACCCAUUUACUAAAUGUAUUAGUUUUUUAAGGGGGAGGGGGGGGGGAAUGACGUCGCCUGACAGGUGCAAUUAAUCGUUUUCUUUUUUUCUUGUAAAAAACAGCCUGAGAUAAGUUUAUACCCGGAACAUUAAAUUUACCAGUGAAAUUUUUAUAGCAUCAAUAAUAAUUCCUUUAGCUUCGUCAGGAAGAUCACAAGCAAGAGUUUCUUCUAAGAUGGCGAAGCGUAGGAGGACAGCAGAGAUGAGGGAGAAGGUGCAGAGUCAAGGAGCGUUUUCUUCGCGUACCCGCGAAAGAUCGUCUGACAUCUCUGAAGCAAAACAUGCUUUGAAGGUAAGUUCGUCUGCUGUAUCUUAACCCUCUAACCCGUAAGAGUGACAAGCAUCUAAUUUCACCUUACAAUAUCUCCCCUGACUUAAACAUAAGGGUCAUGAGAAUAAUUGAAAUGAUCAACAACUUCAGAAGCUCUGGAUUGUUAGGCGAAUUCUCCUUGUCAGCAUCUUAAGAAAUAUUUCGAAAACAGUUUUGAGAACAUGUAUAGUGAUGUUAGGGUGUAAAGGGUGAAUGUACAUCAAUAAUUAUGGAAAUUCGUACGCGUAGACUCUCAAAAUACUUUGUGUUCACUUUCAAUGCGCAAUAUACAUUUAAAGUACUCUUUUUGAUAUCGUUGACAUCCUACUAAUAAAUAUUGAGUAUCGUUAAUAUUCGGAGAAAAAUGUAACCAAUUGUGUUAUUUUGCUCUCAAGACGAAAAACCUUAAAGAAUCUCCAGUGGUGAACCAAAAAGCUGGAGAAACGGAAGGUAUUGGUAGUAAAUUUGCCAAUACUGCAGGGUUUUUCAACGAUGCUGUCGUUAAUCGGGCAGUUGAUGAUCACAGGACCAGUUGGUUGCAAAGACUUCCCUGUGCUAAAAAAUUUGUAAGCCCUGGUAAAGAAGAUGGAGAGCAAGAUGAAGGUGUCACAAGGAAGAAAAAAUUGAGACGAUUCUCUUCAAAGAAAAACUCCACUAUGAUAGGAGGUAAUGAUACGAUUUAGCACUCUGUACGGGGAGGUAGUUUGUUACAAUAAUUUUGCCGUAGAUAAGAUUUUAAUCACUAGUUAUUUUAAUUUUUCUGUACAGGGCCUGAAACAAGGCGAUUUUCGACUCCACAAAUAGAAGAGGAAGAAGGAGAAGAAGAAUAUGUUGAUAUCGACUUCGAAGAUUCAGCAGAGUCACAACAGACUGUAAUUGACCUUAGCAACUGUCAAUGUGCCGAGGUGCUUGCCUCGGUCUUCCCUCAACUUGUUGAUCACUGGAGAGCGGCUGGAAACAAGCUAAAAACAAUGCGUUACCUGACCGAGUCUGGGGCGGCAGCAUUGGCCACUUCUUCUAACAUGCAAGCGUUAUCUUAUCUGUAUGAAGUGCAAACCUUGAUUGAAGAGACAAAGGAUGACGAGGAGCCUCUGGCAGCUGAAGAAGAAACUGCUCGUGUGGAAAGUCUUAUUGGUCAGGUAAGAGUUAACUUCACCGACACAGCUAUUCUCAGAUUAACUGAGGUACCCUUUUACUCAACUCCAAGAAGCCAAGUCAGACCACCACAAAAUCUAUAACAUUAAAUGUAUACGUAGGAGAUACUAUGUAUGGUAGGAUUGUGGUUGCCUCUGGUGGAAACACGCCAUCUUGGAGAAAUCAAGUAAUUUGAUUUUCUCAAAGGUGAAGAAAAGAAAAUAGGGGCGUGUGGCGUUUAGGACCGAGUGCGUUUGGGGCCUUUCAUUUUCCCACACGUUUUACAAAUAAAGCGAUGAAAUAAAAUAUAUAGAGGAUAUUACAUGGCUGCUUGAGGAUACGAAUUUUAUCUUCGCUUCGCUCACUCGUGAGAGAUACUUUCAGCACGAGAAGAUAAAAUUCGUAUCCCUAAGUGGCCAUGUAAUGUUCUGAACUUCUUCAAACUACCACUACCAAGACCAAGAUGGGUACGUAAUUAGAUGUCAGUUCACAGUGUUUUAAAUAUGGUUCUUUUCACAGGCAUUGAUUCAUAUGAAUCGACCUCAUGAGGCUCUGAGGCAUUUGUCAGCGGCGCUGCUCAUUCUGGGAAAGAAACAGCCCAAGACGGAUUUUGGAUGUUAUGUGAGGCUUUUGAAGGAAGCAUUACGUCAUUAUUUGCACGUGUUUUUGCCCGGCUACUACAUCGGAGGAGCGGGGUUAGUGUCUGUGAGUUUGUGCGCGCGUUAGAUUCUUACAAUUUGCUGGAUGGAAUCAAUAAGUUCUCAUGACUGAGAAAAUAAAGUUGAAAAUGUAGUAUAAAUUUGGUAGACGAAGCUGCCUUAUCUAUAUUCAUUUUUUUUUUUUUUUUCACAGUGACAAAUCAGCUCGAUUGAUUGAACAGUCUCGAUGCCUGAGCCACCUGAGUCACGUGUAUCACUCCCUUCACCUGAAGAAGUGGUCACUGAUGGCUGCUCUUCAAGAAUUGAACGCCGCUGAAGAGGCUGAAGAGAACCUUCACGAGGUUUGUUCGGGGGAUAUCGGAAACGUUUCGAGUGUUUAAGGGGGAUAGGAAUAGGAUAGAAUGUACCCAUUUGUUCUACAUUUCCUUUCUUGGUAUUUUUUUUCGAUUCAAUUCUAGAUGGCCGUAUUCAGAAAGAAUUUUUGAUCCAUUUCCCGUCCCCCAGAGGGAAGGACUAGUUAUAUCUGCUAAAACGUACCAAACCCGAAAAUGUUGAAAUAUCCUAAAGACAGGAUCAAUUUAUAAAACAGAUCAAGAAAUUAUCGACAUUCUGCUGUCGAGGAACCCUCAUCAAAAAGGGCUUUACUUCUACACUACCACAUGUAGAUGAAUCACGAAUCAUCAGCGUACCCAACAAACAAUCAUUCGUUAUGAUGGAUCUCCUGAAUAUCUUUCUACAGCUUAUCAACGCAUAUGCAGGAGUUGUUGAGUGUUCUCAUCUCGUUGGCUGGAAAGGCUGGGGAAAAACCUAUGAGAAAAUUGGAAAGAACAGGUACAAUGCCUUUAUUGGAAGCUGUAUGAUAUGUAAUUGCUGAAUUUAUUGCAUAUGUAUUCUCUUUAUUUCACAUCAGGAGCCGCACCCCAAAGUUAUUCAACUAAUUUUUUAAUGCUCUUUUUGCUGGUCAAUACCCCGGCUAACAAGCUUUUUAAUAUGUAUAUUCGCUCUACCCUGGAUAGAUUUGUUCAUUUCCAGUCAUGGGUGAAAAAGUACUUUACUGCGAAAAAUAAGAUAGACCGCUUUAGUCUUACAUGUGUACAAGGAAAUAACAUCAGAUAAACAAGGCUGCCUUAUUUGUUGUUUUCUGUUAUUAUAGAUGCGAAGAUCCGUCUUUGUAUUCAGAUCCAGAAGAUAUGAUGACAGUGGCUCAUCUGUACUGUAUUAGCCUCGCUUUCAGACUGGCUAUUGGGGGAGUGUCGAUAGCUAUAAACUCAGGUUUGUUGUGAUUAUAAGGUAACCAUCUGUCUUAAAAUAUUCACUACUCAUGAGAGAUCUAAGUACAGGAUACUUUAGUUUUCGCCUUGGCAUGUUCAAGUGUGAAUUCUACUAUUGACCCUUUUUAACUCCCUAUGGUGAUUAGCAUCUUAUCUCUCGUCACAAUAUCACCCCUGAAUAACACUUUAAAGUCGCGAAAUAAAGGAAUGAUCACCACCUCAAGAAGCUUCUGAUUAUCAAUCAAAUUCUCCUUGUUAGCACCCCAGAAAACGAAUAGAAAACAGUGCGGAGAAUAGCAUGUUAAUGAUAGGGAAUAAACGUUUGAUAAAGGAACCUUUUCUGCUGAAACAAAUUUCCGUGAAAUAGUGAAGCAUAAAAAUUUUUUAUCAAAAUAUAAAUUAAGGUUUAAGUUAGCUUGGAAUUAGAGACAAUUACCGGCUGCUCAAAGAUUUGUAUUUGCUGGGUGCCGUUAUCAUUUCUUCGAUCGUGUGGCUAUUUACGGUCGUAAAUCAAUAUUCCUCUAAUAAUCCGAAGCAUUAUCGUUUCAUCAUAGUUGCAGGAACGAUGGCUUUUCCUGUCCUAAAACGGGCUGAAGCUGGAAAUUCAAAUUUUCCAUUAGGCGAUAAUUGUUUCCAGGUUUUGGUUGAACUAUAUUCAGUAACUGCUUUCAACUUAUACGAACGAGCCAUCACUCACACAUCAUUCGCAUUACAAAGGUAUUUGUUUUAAAGCAAAAUUGAAAGCCUUUGCAUGAUCUAAUUCUGAUGUGACGCAUUUAUUAUGCUGCAGGAAAACACGCUUUUGACCUUGCAAAACAAGUUCAUGAUCAGCAUAUGAUGACAACCUGCAUUCCUCUGCUUGCUCAGAGUCUCCUUUUCACAGCAAAGUGAGAAAUUCUAAAGUACAUGUAACUUGAUAAAUUAGUAAGAGAAUCAAGGUUUCAUUUUUUCUGAUAAAAUCAUGGAACUAGAGGAGCGCGCGGUGUCUCGCAUGCAAAGCGCAGAGAGCUGAGAAUCGAAAGGGCUUGGUUUGAAACCCUAGCCUGGGUUCAUGAGCUUUACUCUCAUGUAGGGUGCAUCGUUAUAUCAAAGAAUACAAACAUGUAUCAGCAAACAGUCAAGGAAAGUUUUCGAAUUGCAGAUAACCUAGCUAAUUUAGAUAAGUAUCCCAUCUGCAGCCGGAGAGUAGCAAAAUUGUAUUUUUCUAAGUGAAAGAAUCUGGGAUGAGCUCUAAAAGUCAUGCGAGGUAGUCUCUAACGAGACCUCAAUAUUACAACCUCUUGUUACACAUACCCCGGUUAUCUAUAAACCAGAUUCCGUUUUCUGACAAAUGAUUGGCUGAUUAACUUUUGAAUCACAACUCUAGUAUUUUUAAGAGUCAACGCUCUACGUAAGGCGAUAUUCGAUGCAUUUGAUUGACAUAGCCAAGAGACAAAAACCGUUGUUCUUGAGUUAGAUCAUAAUUGAGAAUUAUUUCACAAUAAGCAAACCGAAAAGUAUAAUCAAGGUGGGGAGAGAUCACCGAAAUGAAUAGACUAAUGUUCUCUCACCGGGAAGUGCUGUUGGCCAAGAAAUAUCUUCAUUCAAUGAAUUUUACUCGAGCAUCUUCAUGCGCUGUUUGGUAAGUUUGAUUCCUUUUUUUUUUUUUACCGUUCGUUACUCAGGAUUCCUGACUGCAUUGAUGUUCUAAAGGAGCUUAAUGCGGCAGCAUUGGACUCCUGUGACUCACAUGGUCGAGCGCUAUAUAUGUGCUGCUGCUUUGAUUUGAUCCUAGAGGCAGGUGAGGCAAAAACAAACAAACAAACAAAUAAAACAGCAACACCAACAACAAUAAAGUUGUUCAGUUAUAAAAAUUGGGCUCGAGUUUUCAUUCGUUAUAAGGUGAUAAAGAGGUAAUUUUCAAAAACGAAGGCGGAACUAAGUUCGUUUGUAUGCGCUGAGUUUGACGUCACAUCAGUCAUAUCUAUCUUAGUCGAAGAAUUCGCCUGGUUGCACACUUUUAAUAAGCCGGUAGUGUAGCCCGCCUACUCUUACACACGCAGGUUAAUUUAUCAAUGCUAUAUAGUUGUUUGAUAUGAAUUGAUACGAGUGAUAGGCUUGUAUCGAAGAUUCGCUUCCUAAAAGUUAAGAAGGUCAACAGUUUUUGUUAUAUAUCCAAAUUUUAGGUUGGCGACUGGAAGAUUUUGACGAAAUCGUUCAAUUUACGGCAAAAAUGUCCACUGACCCAGCCUUUUCUUCUGAUGUAGCGCCGAAGUUUUACCUGAACGUUUCUCUUGCUCUUUGGUAUGUAUUGUUACAAUGAUCAGAUGUUGUUCAAACAACAUCAUGUUGAAUGGAUUGAUAAUGGCAACAAUGGCAGAAUCAAGGAUAUUUAUAAGCAAAUGCUUUCGACUGAAAUGCACUCUGAGUCCCGGUAGCUUUGAGGGACUAAUAAAAUCAAUCUUUGCCCGACUUUUUGGCUUUUUAUUGAAUACGAUUUUAAGGCGAUUAUAUUACCGUGCUGUUAUGGCAGGUAUGCUCGACGGCGCGACUGGAAGAAUGCUGAUUUUUUAAUGUCAUCUACUUCUGGUAUGUAUCAUUGCAUUUAUCUAAGAUAAAGAAACGGGCUAUUAUCUAAAAUCUCUCCAACAGUCGGAAGAUUGUGGUCGACUUUUCCAUUUUGUCAUAGAAUCUCAUCUUUCCCUAACGUAAACAAUGCCCGCAUUUUACCUGAUAAUUCAACAGGUGAAAGAGAGUCUGUGAACAGGCGAAAUAUGUACGUGUAAAUAUAGGUAUUUGAGAACGAACCAUCUCGUUGUUACCUUUUCAACCUUGGUCAAAACAAGAAUUCAAGAUCGUUGAACAAAGCAUAAUCUGUUUUAGCUGUAGUGCCAUCCAAGCUCGAGGUAUUUAUGUCAGUGCACGGAUAUGCUAAGGUUGUGGAGUUUUGGUUGCUGAAACUUCAGGAGGAUGGUAAAAACCGACAAAAUGAGGAUGAAGUGCAAAAGGUUAGUAGCUUUGAUCCCUUUUAGCUGAUCCGCUCCUUCUUCUACGAUAGCUGUUUAUCCAAUCCUAUUAUUCAACUGAACAAAGUAGAGUACAAAUAACGUGCGAACAGAGUACUUGAACAGUUGGUUAUUUGUGCUGCUGCGCGCGCUACGCUUCUCUAUCCGCUUUUCUUUUCCCGCCUUAUGAAAAAUGAAUAGAAGACUUAGCAUAUAUAUGUGGGUAUUUAGGUUAACGAGUAUAAAUUUUUUAUUUGUAUUUUGUGCUGGCACAAAAAGUCUCGCUAAUUCAGCAAUGAACCCACUUCACCCAGGAUCUCUUCCAAAUCUUUCGAAUACCAUAAGGCAUACAUUCAUAAAACUCCUAAGCUUUGAAAUUGAUUCCUUGUUUGACGACGUUUUAGUUAUGAUGACAUUAGUUGUCCUUGUUAGAGACCAGAAUUUGUUAUAAGUGUAGCACUAGGUGAUGCAGGGUACAAGAGUUGUUCAUUUGUAGUAGUCAGGAACGAUCGAGGUAUCUCAAUAACCAGCCGCUGAAUUUAGGAAACAGUAGGAAAACAUUGAUUCAUCAAGCCAUUUUAAUAAGAGCUUCAGCUUGUUAUAUCAAGUGUCUCGAGGAUAUAAACUGAUUAUUGUUUGUUUGAUAUAUAAGAUACUGGAGAUGAAUAUGCGGAAAUCUCCAAAAUGAACAACGAACUAAAAGAAGCAAGUGUGUUUUUCAAACACACUUUAUGCUGUGUUAAGGAGGGCUGGAGUUGAUGUUGGCAAGACUGAUCUUUCAAAAUCCUCUCGUACUCCUGGUAUACCGUCUCAUAUUUUUCGUUUCACAUCUAACGAUCAUCUUAUUUCUAGUGCCUGAAGAAAUUCAAGAAUGCUCUUAACCAUCACCCAGUGUUUGAUGGUCGAAGACUUCACUUACAUGCGUACUACCAUCUCCUUCGAGGCAAAAAGGACAAGUGCAAAUCAAAGCUUCGCAGGUGCUUUAACAAGAGCAAGAAUCUUGGUCUGUGGCUCGAGGUCGAAUGGGCCAACAAGAGUUUCAAGGAAUGGUUCAUUAGCUGGAAGGAAUCGGAGCCAAAUUACCUUGGAACAUCCAUGUUCACUUUGCCAAAACCGAAAAAAGAUUAA